CCAAACGUGAACUAGUAUUGAUACUUGUCGUAAUCGUAGUUAUUGAGUUAGCAGAAUCUAAUCUAUUGCCUGCAGUUUCCGAUUCUCAAUAUGCAGAGCGUGGUGAUUUCACUUACUUAGCUGCGCUAAUGUCAUUUACUAGUAAUUAUGGUUGCACUGGAGCGCUACUCAAUGACCGUUGGGUGAUAAGUACAGUAACAUGUACGAACUACUAUCUAGUAGAAAAUACGCUGAUACUGGUUGGAGCUGUAUCGCAAAGAGAAGGCGAUGUUUACAUAUGUGAAGCAAUAAAAAAUCACGAAAAUUUUGAUUCAGCAACACUCGAAAAUGAUAUUGCACUACUGCGUUCCAACCGACCCAUUUUGUUUACACAGUACGUUCAACCGAUCCCUUAUUUUAGAGGACCGUUGGAACCAUGCAAGACAACACUUGUUGGAUAUAAGGAAGUUCAUAACGGAAUGUUCUCAUCUGGGAACUAUUGGACCUUUUAUAUGGAAGUAAGUACUAUAUCGAAGAGAGAAUGUCAAGCUCUGUUGUCUGACCUUGGCAGACCAGAGCUCUACGAUGCAAAAUCCAUCUGUGUUCUGGCAAAAAUUGACGAUUCCGAUAGCUACUAUCUGAACGAUAUUUGCAUGAAUAGAGGCGGCGAACCGUUGGUACCAUCUGGUAGCAGAGUGUUGUUGGGUCUAUCAUCUCGGAAAAUGUACGAUUGUACCAGUAACUCGCCAUUCGCUUUUACUGAAGUUUCACAGUUCAGUGAUUGGAUAGAGUCAAAUACUAACGUAACUGGCGUUGAUGUCUUAUAAUGAAAUUG